AACAAAUGCAUGAAACAUGAUUGCACAAUGACGCUCGGCCGACCCAAGUCGAUGGAGGGGCGUGGCCUGGCUGCAGGGAGCUCGGCACCUUAUAGAGUCACGUGAAAUUCCAAAGGGUGGCCUGAAGGUGGCCUGAGGUCGUAUCGAUCUGCUGCAUAUUGAGCUUGCUCAGUUGGAACCGCAGAAGUCACCUCAUCCACUGACCACCCUCCAUCACGAGCAUACCCCUCAAGAUACAAAGCCAAGUUCCUUCCCGCCCCUCACAACCACCCUCACGAUCAACAAUCAUGUAUCGGCAAUCUCUUGCUCAAGCUGUCCGCCCAGCACUGCGUUAUACACUCCGAUCCCGAGCUACCUUCUCAACUACCACUCGAGCCAUGGCCGGAGGAGAUACUGGAGCUCCACGGGUGGGAGGCCAGGCAUCAGGCGAUGCAUUCACGAAGCGGGAAAAAGCCAACGAAAGCUUCAAGAGCAGCACGAACACCUCAAGAAGCUCGAGGAACACAUUGAUGAGAUCUCGAAAUCUCAAGGUGGCGAGCAGAAGAAUUGAUGGGGAAAAGGGAAGAUUUACGAGGGAUGGCUCAUUGUACACAACUACUCUACACAACUUUCGCCUCACGGAAAUGAUAACUGGGCGGAUAUUCGGCAUCAUCGCUCUAUCAUUUUCUACUGUACACAAUGCACAUACUCUUUCGCGUGUAUGUUGGGGAUCUGGAAUUGCCGCUCUCCAAAUUUCCGAAAGACUUCAUGACCAUUAUAUGCUCCCUUUCUUUCUUGAAAUUCAAGAUGCCACAGUUUGUUGAACGCCAGCCUGGGAAUACCACGCGUAACAAGGACUCAUUUCCGGGUCACUGAGCGGUAGAACGAUUCCGUCAAGUCAUUCUCGUGACCGCCAUAUCCAUUCGAUCCAAGACCCUGUCCAACCUUCUGAGC